UGUUCCUAAUGUUAUAAGCAAUACUCCAUUGCGCACCGUACUGCUGCUAUUUCGUAUUUUAACUUACUGGUAGUUCUGGAAACACGACUUUGACAAUGCAUAUUAGUCCCGCUCUAUAUACACCAUGCCUGCUGCUCCUAAUAAUGCUGCUGCAGAUUGUCAACGGCCAGGUCUUCUAUCCACAGCAGUACCCUGGCGUAGUGGGACCUGGCGUAGUUGGACCGCAAGGACGUAAUGUUGUAGUGUUGCGUGGUGAUCCUGUCGGACGGGAUAUCGGCGGACAACCGCUCCGAUCCUGUCGGAAAGUGGAGCGUUUCUGUACUGUACGUGAUCGUCGGAAUCGCUGCGACCGUGAUUUCGACUGCCGCCGGCGAGAAACCUGCUGUUUUGACGGCUGUAAAAUGGAUUGUGAGCGCUUUUAAGGAGUAUUCCGUGAUAUGUGUGUUACCGGUCAAAAACGUACCCGUGCUCUGCUCAUAAUGUUUGGUGGCACUUGUCAAACUUCCAUCAUUGUGCUUCUGCGUUUAUUCUGACCGACGCUAAGCGCUUUUUGUUAGGAGAGACAUUAUUAUGUAUGUUGUUGUUGCUUAACUUUUCUUAAAACUAUUGUCAUAACAUGUAACGAGCGAAAUAAAAAUUUUUGUUGG